CAAGCAGGAAUGAUGACAGCAUACAGGACCAGCAGCACAAACGUAGUCUCCGCGCACAAUAUUGCAUUCUGCCGUAGGUGUAGCUGGUCAUGGGACAUUAACUAAUGCCUAAAUGCGAUUUUUUUUUAGUGGAUCGCCAAACAAGUAACAAAUAAACAAUUUGAUUCCGACAGGGAUGUUUCCUGCCGUGUCAUUCGAGCAUCCUUUUUCGCGUGGUUUAUGCUAGCAACUGAUAGAAACUCGCAGAUUCACCUUGUGAUGGACGUAUCACUUCCGACUGUGUAUUGAAAUAUUUUAUCAACAUUGCUUAGUCAACAUGAAGGACAUACUCAACAAACUCAAUAACAUUACAUCGUUGGGCACUGUGAGUAUGUGUUCUUUCUUUGAUAUAUUUGCGUUGUUUUGGAAGGGGCUGAGUCACGUUACUUCCUGAUUGAACCUACCGUCUGCAGGAGGAACUGCGUGGCUGCAAAGAAAAAAAAACUGACACGUGGAUUUACCAUCACUUGUAGGAAAAGAACAGCUGGCACUCCGGUUGAGCUUGUCUCUAAGUUGUGCCUCAAGAUAAGCGUUCUUUUGCCAUGUGAAAUACUGUUCAGUUGUUCAAAGUUGAGCUGUUUGAAGGGAAUGCCACGGAAUCAUCUCAGGAGUAACGUAAGGCUUUCUUUUCCCCUUUCGAAAAUUAACUAGUUAACGUUACAGUUACCUGUGCUAAAUCUGGUCUGUUCGAGUGGGGGUCGCAUCGUAAACAAGAGUAUUUGUCAUUGAAUGGCAAUUCUACAAAAACAUGGAAAGAACUCUAGUCCAGACUUGGCAAGUCUUAAAGAAAACCCUGCCGACAGUUUCGGGACAGCAGGAUGCCAAAAGAAGUGGGCAGAGUCAAGUUCACAUUGGUCGAGGCCGGUAGCCCGGGUAUGGACUGUGGUGCUUCUGUUGGGCACCUGCCUGCUCUACUGUGCCCGCGUGGCCAUGCCAAUAUGUGCGGUCACCAUGGCAGAAAAGUUCAAAUGGAGCAAGAGGGAGUCGGGCAUGGUGCUGGGCAGCUUCUUUUGGGGUUACUGCUUCACUCAGGUCAUCGGGGGCUACAUCAGUGAUAGGGUGGGCGGUGAGAAGGUCCUACUGCUGUCGGCCGCUGCGUGGGGAGCCAUGACGGCCUUCACCCCGAUCCUGGCCCACUUCUGCUCGCAACCCAUUGUCUCCAUGACCCUGGCUCGCUUCCUCAUGGGACUGCUCCAAGGUGUGCACUACCCCUCACUGGCCAGUCUGUGCUCUCAGAAAGUGGUGGAGAGUGAGAGGGGCUUCCUCAUGAGCACCGUGGGCAGUGGCUCCUACCUGGGGACCCUGGUGAUUGGAGGGGCAGGUUCGCUGAUGUUGGAUCUGUAUGGCUGGGAGAGUGUGUUCUACAUCGCCGGCCUACUCUCGGUCCUCUGGGCCUACUGCAUGUGGAAGUAUCUGCUGAAAGGAGAGGGUCCGAUCAUCACUUUGGAGUCCCUGGGUAGUCGAGGCCCCCAGUCCAAACUGUCCCGGAGGAACUGGCUGCGCCUUUUUAAACAGCCUGCAGUCUGUGCUGUCAUUGUCACACACCUCUGCACCGCCAGCACCUUCUUCACACUGUUGUCAUGGCUGCCUACCUACUUUAAGGACACCUUCCCAGAUGCCAAGGGAUGGGUGUUUAAUGUGAUCCCAUGGUUUGUGGCCAUUCCCUCCUCGCUGUUCAGUGGCUGCCUCUCGGAUCACCUCAUUAGCCAAGGUUUUGACACGGCCUCAGUCAGGAAGCUGAUGCAGUUCUUCUCCAUGGGCGUCUCUAGUGUCUUCACAUUGUUCCUGUGCGGCACCACCACAUUCCCCACAGCUGUGGCCUUCGUCUCGGCCACCAUGGGCCUCACCACCUUCAGCCACAGUGGGGUGUCUGUGAACGUUCAGGACCUCGCCCCGUCCUGCGCAGGAGCUCUUUUCGGUGUCAUGAAUACCUGCGGUGCGUUUUCAGGGGUCAUCAUGGUGUAUUUGGCGGGGUAUCUGAUCGAAGCCACAGGCUCCUGGGCAUCAGUCUUCAUGCUCAUCACAGUGAUCAACCUCCUGGGCCUCGCUAUCUUCCUGGCCUUCGCUGAGGCCAGGCGGGUGGACAUCGAUGGUGCCAAGGCCCGUUACCACAACAUCCACAUAUGAGCUGAGGGGCCAGGCAGGCUGCAUUCAGCCUCCUUGUGUUUGAGGGUGUCUUGAGGGCACAGUAGACAACUCUGGGUGUUCAUGGGAACUUUUGAGGGGUUUUUACCCCACAGAGCACUAGAUAAUAACACAAUAGCACUGAAGGGAGGGACCGAUGAGCUGCUGUGGUAACGCUUCACAUAGUGUUUUUUUUUUUUUUGUUACACACACACAAAACACAAACACACACACAUACCACACUCACACACUCACAUGAUUCAUUGUCAUUUUCAGAAAACAAAGACAAUGCCAAAUGUCAUUCCGUUUAAUCCUAGCUUUGCUAUUUGUUUAUGUUUUGUUUAGAUGGGCUUGUUUGGAAUAAAUAGAGCUCAGUCGCUGGGUAAGAAUGGACCACCAAGUAGUCCCUUCAAAUUCGGCACUCAAUCAGACAUCACACACUCACCAACACACAAAUGUGCAAACACAUGUCUUAUACACAGCUCGUGUGCAAACAAGCUACAUACACUAGUUUCUAGUUACAGUCGCUCCUAGUGAAAGAGGACCCAAUGCAUUUAAGAACUUAAUCUAUAAAGCUUUACCAUCCACACACACCAUCACAUUGAUAUUAAUUUAUUUUACAUUUGAAAGUAAAUAGCAUUUAGAUGUCAACAAAUUCUGUUAAUAAUAAUUAUAUCAUCAACAUAUCUGUGAACUUAAUCACCAUACUUUGAUUUUCUUUUGAAUUAAGACAAAGAGUCUGAGUCAUGUCUGACAUUGUUCUUAUGAAUCAUUUUCUAUCAGAUAGUCAUCAGAAGUGAUUUUAUGGUGAUUACAGUGGCAUGAUAUUCACAAAUACCUCAAUUAUAUAAUUAUUUUGAAAUUAUUUGAAUUACUUUGAAUUGUUUUGUAAUGGUUUAAGCAGAGAAAGUUUUCUCAUGGACAGCAAAGUCUGCACAUUCAUAUUUAUAUUUCCAUGUCAGUCAAAGUUAUGUAAAAAGUGUUUACAAAGUGCACACUGACAAGAGGUUUGUCUUGUUUAGAUUUGACACUAGGAGGCCUGAUUUCACCCUGGCUGCCUCUGGGUGGUACUCUCUUCUCAACAAAGAAAGCUCACAGUUGUAAUGAGCUUUAACUCUGGCCAGAGUAGACCAAAUGAUCGUUCAGUUGUCAGCCAGUUUAUGAAACACACAUUAGCAUUGCUUUUUAUUAGACAUCUGGUCAGUUGCCGGCCAUCUCAGGAGUUGACCUCUGUCAGAGAGUAAUGUCGCCUGUUAACAUGGUGGUCUUUUGGAAGCAGUAGAGUUGGGGAGGGGGUGGGGGAUAUUAAAGCAGUGAGAUAAAGAUAAAGCAGUUUGGUAUUUAGCUUUACACCAAAGCCUGAAGUGGAUGGCUGGCUUUAUUUAAGUGAAUGGGGUUGAGGGAACCGCUUAUGCAAUGCAGUUACUGUGGAUGUGUCCAGAGGUGGAAUGGUCGAGUUAGAGAAAUGCUUGCAGAUCCUCUCUUGAUUUAAAUAAUGGUUUAUCCCAGUUGCAUCUGGGAUUUGGCUUAAUUAACUUUAAGAUAGAGGAUGGUACGUUGUGUUGUUGAGUUGUUAUUGUUAUGACCAAAAUAUAUGUACUCAAGUCCAUGUUUUUGCCAAUGCAUUUCUUUUUAAAUUAAGUUGGGGGGGGGGGGGGUAAUAAUAUCUGUAUAUCUAUAUUUAUGGCAAAAUCCAAAGCAGUCAAUCAAAUGCUCUCUAGCAUUCUUAAUCACAUGAUGAGAGAUUCCAGGCCAGUAUAUUUAUAUGGUUGAAUGUUCUGUUUUUGACCAAUAGCAAUAUCAUUGUCUUGGUAUCCCUUAAAGCCUCUUGUUCAGUUGUAUAACAUUUUAUGUGGGUUAUUUCUUGGGGCACAUACCCAUUGCAACCAGAGCUGUUUUUGCUCUUGAAUGUUUGAAGAAUAUUGUAACGCAAAUACAACAGACCAAAGAGUUGGAAAACAGAGAGGCCGUGGUUACUGAUUCACUUGAUUACUAGUUACAUGUUGUAGCUUUUGUCAAACUCGUGCUGAGACAAACCUUAGUCUCUGUAAACACAUCCCAGUGUAAAAGUGAAAAGUGGGGGAAACAGAGAUGGUCUAAAAUCUGGCACAGGAGUCUCUCCAACCAGAACUAUAACCUCUUUGAACUAAAAUCCUAGUUCCAUGUCUUGCUAAAUAAGAUUUUAUCAAAGGUUAUGGGGAGCAGUGUUCCAUAUAAAAGCAUGCCACUGCCACCAUUUUGUGAAGGCAAUGCCGGCUUUGGCAUUUUAAAUGAAUGGGUAAGAGUUACAGAGCCUUAAAAGGACACUGGAUUGCACCUCAUCAAAUAACUCUUCCAAAACACAGAUUUCCAUUUUUUUACAUACAUUUCUCGCAUUCCAUCUCACUUUGAAAUGCUCUAUUAUAUUUCUCCAGGUGUUGAUAUUUUGAUUUCAUGUCAGACAAUUGGUCAUGUGCACUUUUGUUACUCUAAAGGUCAGCUAAAGUAUAGGUCAUUUAGUUUUACCAUAGUAUUGAGGAGCUUUAUGCAUUACAGCUGAGGACAGAAUGAGGCAAUAGAAAACUCCUUCAGAAGUCAAAAUAGAAGGGUGUGUACACAGUAAAUGCCUAUACUCACUGAUGCACACGCUCACACACACACACACACACGGUAGGCCGUGCUGUCUUUAUAGAAUUCUAUAUAGAUUACAUGUAAAUUUCUAUGUUCAUCUAUGAAUAGUGCUGAAAUAUAGGGUGCUAUUUGAAGUGUUAUAGACUUAAUAACCACCUGUGCUGUUCUACGCAUAAACCUACUGACCGAUGGCAAUUAGAAAUACUGUUGACCAAUACUUUGUAUAAUCAUUUUCACAUCUACAGAACUGCAGUUUUGAGACCAUUUGGAUAUUCCUGUUUCGCCAUAUGGGAUUUUUGUGUUUCUUUUCUUUUUACCUGUCCUUACCUAUUUGUUUUUGCUUAUUAUUUUAUUUGAUUUGAUUUAUAAACAUUCCAUAUUAUGUGGAUACUUGUGAAAUCGUAUGCCCAGUCUGAAGGUCUUCGACAUGCACUGUACCACAAUUUAACGCAUGGCCAUUUUGCAGAGCCAAGUUAUGUUUAGCUAUGUAAAGACAAAGUGCUUCUUUUUUGUUGUACAAAUAUUGUGAAUGUUAAGCAGAGUUAUGAAAAAGAUGUACAUACAAAUAAAUGCAGUAUUUCAUUGCUUUGGAGGGAGAAAUAUGUAUUUGUAUACAUAUUUUGAAUUUUCAAUAAAUAAUAUCUAUAUUUUA